ACAUAAAAGCUUUUGAUGUGCUAACCUUUUAGCAUUAUAAAUUUUCUGUGUAUCGCACGGGUUAGCGACUAGUAAAUAAUAAUAAUAAAAAAUUCAAUAUCUAGAAACCAUAGAGCUCAUCUGACCAAACUAAUUAUCUCUUUAGUACUGAAUUAUCAGAAGUUCAGCACGGACUGCAGAGUAAAUCAUGAAAGAAGCUUCAAGUGUGUGUUUUUCAAUGACCCAAAGAUGGAAUUUCAAAGUUCAUGAGGUUGCUCAGAAUAGUUUCCGACAUGCCCAUCGCCUUUUGAGAUGUAUUUCUGAUCAAAAUCACAAAAGAAGCAUUCAGGAAGUAAGCCUGAUUGCUCAGGAUGCAGAAAAUGAGUUUAGAAAACUGCUCACACUCCUUGAUGGAUCAAUGUCAUCAGAUUGUAGGAGGAUCAGAAAGGGUCCCUUGCCAAAUUCCCAUGACAUAAACCCGGCUGAACUGAUGGACAGUCCAAAUUCUUCACCCCAAGAUUUCACAUGCAAUUCAACUCAAACCUGCAUAGUCAGAGAGUUAUUUCCCCUUCAGAGUAAUAAAUCACCUACUGCUUUGAUCCAGAGUGACAAUUUCAGCUUAUGUAGGCAUAAACAUAAUCAGGAAUUACAGCAAUGUUACUCUCAAACAAAUAUUGUUGCUAAUAAAUCUAUCACGGUGCAGAGCCAAUUCUCAGAACAUAGCACUUCUUUGAUCAGCAUGGAUGGAAGUAGCAUUGACAAGCAGACAAUUCGCUUCUCAUCAUCAGAAACUUUGGCUUCGCCGGAUGAAUCCUCCAUGUUAUCUUACAAGAGUAAGUGUGAAGUGAAAAGUGGAGAUAGUACAACAUGCGUUGUCUCAACAGGUGGAUUUCAUUGCUCCAAGCAAAGGAAACUGAGAAUAAAGAGAGCAAUUACAGUUCCAGCUUUAAGCAAUAAACCAGCAGAUAUACCUCCUGAUGACUACUCCUGGAGGAAGUAUGGGCAGAAGCCCAUAAAGGGAUCUCCACAUCCAAGGAGCUAUUACAAAUGCAGCAGCGUGAGGAGCUGCCCUGCAAGAAAGCAAGUAGAACGAUGUUUGGAGGAUCCUACCAUGUUGGUUGUGACAUAUGAAGGAGACCAUAACCACCCGAAAAUUGCUUACCAAGCACCCAGCCUAAUGACUCAGGUCCAUCACUAAACUACUGAAAAUUGUAACGAUCUAUUCCAGAAAAAUUCCUGCUAGUGGAUGGUCAAUGAUUUUUGCUUUUUUAAGUAUAUACCUCUUUAUUCUAUGUAGUAAUUUUAAUUUAUUACUUGCGUAAUUGUACAUACUAUCUUGUAAAAAAUUCUAAUGCAUUUCUAAUUUUCUAGUGUGCUAUAUUGAUUUAUUUUUGUUUCUGGAUUUUAA